AUGUAUCCAGUAUGGCCAGUUAUUGACAGCGAGAAGCUGAGUUGCGCUAUCGGUGCAAAUGAGAAUGACCACGAAGCGUAUGCGUUAGCUUUCGCAGUAUGCGCUGGAACGGGUGCACAAUUGCAACCAAAGUCGACCACGCAAGAAUGGAACACGUUCAACCUCUCCGGAGAAAUGAGUCCGAUUGCCCUGGCGGACAGAUUUGCUGCCGAGGCUGAAAGAUGUCGGUCCAGAUAUGACUAUCGUGAAAGCUCAACUAUCGAGUCUAUAUUGGUUCCUCUAUUUCUUCAUUUCUACUACGGAGCAAAGGAGAAGAGGCAGACGGCUUCUUUCCUAUUACGUGAAUCCGUGUCGCUGUGCCAGAUAAAUGGGAUGGAUAAAGAAGACACCUAUCGACAUUUAAACAUUUCAGAGGAAAGCUACAGACGACGUACCUUCUGGCUUUUAUAUGUGACCGAGAGGGGACAUGCAAUGCAGCAUGGAACGCCGAUAUGUCUCACGAAAUCCAUUUCUCUCCCCUCAAAUGACACACAGAGUUCGCAGGUGUUGGAGGCUUUCCACAGUCUGGUUCAACUAUUUGCUUCUGUUGACGGCGUACUGGUGGAUUCUGAUGCGGCUUCUCAGAAGCAUGAUAAUCGAUGCAGUAGAGAAAGACUUGUCCGAAUACAGCAUGAACUGCGACGAAACGACCAGUGGCCCAUGGAGUGGAAUGAAACCCAAAGGAGUGAUGUUUCAAUUACGCAGCAAUGGUUGAGGAUGCUGGUUUGGCAACUUUCUCUCAGCAAUGUCACGAUGUCAAGCGAGCCAGGGGACGAUAGUAUGUCCUUUGCUUACCCAGCUCAUGUGUCAAGAGAUGCACUGCGCUCUAUAUCAACCGUUUCCUUCGAUGCUUUAAUUGCACACGGCCCGGGAAUGCAAGUUAAAAUAUGCGACAUCACUAACACACUUCUUGACGUAAUUACAUGUGUGCAUUCGCUACCACCGGAUAUGUUCAUUCAAACGCGUCAAAUCCUUCACCAAUUUUGCUGCUAUCUUGCGAAGCUGAAUGGAAGCCAGGAGGGCUUGGUACAGAUCCGAAAGAGAUUGAUCGAGUCGAAUUUGAUGGUUGAGCCAGUUCUCGAGCUCCGAGAAAUAUCUGAAUUGCACUACGACGAGGAUGAACUUAUCAACGACAAGGAAAAUAUUUCUCACAAUGGAGAAAGCAGUCUGUACUAA